AUGUCGCGUCUUUAUCAGCGCGUGCAGCGGUCUCCAGCCGUCCAGAGGGGCUCGAAACGGAAAAAGGAGGUCGGCGGCAGCGGUGGCGGCGGCGGAGGCGGCGGCGGUGGUGGUGGUGGUGGGACCGCGGGCGGAGGCAACGCCGCGGGCAACGGCGUUGGCACCGGUGGCGGGGUCGUCGUCAAGGAACUCGAGACGUCCGCGACGUCCCCGACGUCCGCGGCGACCGGCACGGCGUCCACGCCGGGCCCCGGGCGUGGCCGUCUCUCGGUGAGCCCCGUGAACGGCGCUUCGGGCGACUGUGCGGACAAGGCUGCCCGCAAGAAGAAGGCGCGCACCACGUUCACAGGGCGACAGAUCUUCGAGCUCGAGAAACAGUUCGAGAUAAAGAAGUACCUGUCGUCCAGCGAGCGCGCGGAGAUGGCCAAGCUUCUCAACGUGACCGAGACGCAGGUGAAGAUCUGGUUCCAGAACCGGCGGACAAAGUGGAAAAAGCAGGACGGCAUCUCGAACGCCGAGGCGGCCGAGCUGAAGAUCGGCGAGAAGUCGACCAAGUCCAAGUGCUCGGCAGCCAAGGCCGGCGCCCCGCUGGCUGCCGACGCCCUAAGCCUCGCCAAGGGGCCCGCCAGUGGCGCCGGCGGUGCCAGCCCGCUGCUGCCUGCCAGCAGCAACAGCUCUUCCGCCCUCACCCUGAACCAGCAGAGCUUCUCCGGCUCGGCCAAGCCGUCCCCGUGCGGCGUCAGUGAUCUCAGCAACCUUUCUUCUUCGGGCGACAGAACUGACGACAGCUCCCAGCAUUACCCGCCGUCCUCGGACCCGGAGAAAUUCGAGAACGGCGCGCUGGCCGCCAACCACGACGGUGCGAACUGCGCCGGCGUCGCGUUGGCGUGCCGAGACUCCCCUAGUCUGGCCGAUGAGCGGCCCUUCCGCGACGCCGUCGACCAGGUGCCCAUCCAGCGGGUCCCCAAGCAGGGUACCGACGCCGCCUUUGUGCUCGUCGCCGCGUCGCCAGUGCUCAGCUGUGACGCGGCCGACAAGUUCCAGGACAGCAGUCAGGUGGAACAGUGACACGCAGGCCGGGACUCGCCGCGUCCAGGCCGCUCCCAGCACGACUUGCCUUCUGUAGCCCGGGACACGGGAACGCGCCUUUUGCUCCGGACACCAGUGGCGGUCCGGCGCUGGCUGCUCGGGCCGUCGGGACGCGCCGACUCUUCGUUCGCGAGCCGCCGCCCCGACGCGUCUCUGGGUUGAGCCGCGCCCAGGCCGCCCUCCACGGCGCCAUGUCUUCCGCAGUGCUAAGCCCCUCCGCCCCGAGGACGAAAGGGACAGCCGAGGCAAAAAACAAUCGCCACUCCGCAUCGCUGGGACGGUGGAGAGCGCGAACGCGGGAACCCUGUGACCACUUGCUCGAUCAGCCUGCAAGCACGUCGAGGUGGCGCGAGCACGCCGACCUCGAAAAUGUCGAUGGAUUUCAUAGAACGUGACCCCUCGAUGUCAGUACUGAGUGCCGAUUUCAUCCGCAUGUCAUCUUGACUCAUCAGUUUAUGGCGCGAAUUCUCUCUCCUCCAUGACGGAUCAAUCCUUAGAUAACUUUUUAUUUUUAAUAGUGGCUUUUUUAGUUGGCUCGCUUAUUUUUUACUUAAGUCGCAAGAACGAAACGGUGUCUGCCACUAAACUAAUUCGGUAUUAUAGUCAUCUACAGCUUGUGAACGACAGGGCGUGGUUUCUAAAGACGUUGUUUGUCGAUUCGGCUCCGAAAGCUCAUAUGGAAUUACUCUGCGAUCUCAUCUACGCGCUGAUAAGACGAUGGGGACUGCGUCCACACCCUGUCGUGUUCAAGAAGUCAGUGACUAUGCUAUGAAGCCAGUUCACGAAAAGAGCUUCGUAGCAAGCCUCGACCUGCAAUCGGUUGCAGUUUCUUUUUCCCCAUUUUUUUUAUAAUUGUGUUAGUCUUUACAUUAUUGAUCGGGCAGUAAGAAUUCACGGGAAAAACUACACACGCGACACUAGGGGGGAAAACAUUUUUAAAAGGAGAAGGGGGGGGGGGAGGGGGGCACACACACAUAUAGUUGAAAACACGCAGGGCGUGUCUAAUCUGAGGCCGCGUGAUUUGAAACCUCACAUCUUCACACUUCCGAUUGAUUAAAUGGCAAUCUUUACGGACAGUACUUGGUAUUACUUUCCUUCUCGACUUUAGAGUGCAAAACGUGCGUGAACAAGAGACGGUAGCUUUGAGGAGAACAAAAAGAAACGAAUGGCCGCGGUGCGUGCUCUUAUGCGUGGCUGGAGCUCGUCUAUAAGAAAGAGACAAAAAAAAGAUUCCGGGCAAUUUUUUUUUUUUUUUUGUUAUGGCACGCAGAGGGCUAAUCAUUACAUCGGACGCAAGGAGCCUGGUAAUUGGUGAGACUUGGAACAAGUUUGACACACGCAAAAACAAUACCAACGAAAACAAAAACAUAAAUGGAACCCGGGACUGGAAAACUGAUUCCGUUAAGCAAAGGCCAUGCACCGUGGUUCAGCGUAGGUAGCAUUCUAAGCUCAAAACUAGCCCUUAUACUCAUUCUUCAAAAUACUGGAAUAAGCACAGCCCGUGCCACAGUCUUUCUCGGUUUCGACUCGAAUUCCUGUCGCAAGUUCCGUUGGCUCGAACAGGAAUGCAUUACGGUUGCACCGCUAAGGGAGUAGUGUAUCGUUGCCUUGACGUAACGCUCCCGCAUUUUUUUAAGAACUUUGUUCAAAAAUGCACAGGAGUAUACCUAGGCAAAGCGGCACAGACCACAUCUUUAGAAUCAGCCGUAACCCAGAAAGGCUAAAAGUAAGCGUGCAUGCUUACCCCUCGACACCCACAGCUAAUUGAAUCGAAAAACUAAAAUUAUUCCCAAAUUCAGCUACAAAAAAAAAAAUAAUAAUCACAGUGCGUUUUUGUUUUAGUACGUUACAUUCGUGAUGUGACAGCAUGCUGGCUCCUUCUACAUGCAGGCUUGUACAUGCAGACCUAGAGUGCAAUGAGCAACUCACUAUUGAACUAUUCCUUUGUUUGUCCUGAAAAUUAAGGCUGUUUCCCCGAACGCGGUUCCGUAAACGCUGGUCAGAACGUUUAUAUAGUAUCGUUAUUCGGAGGGACGUUCUCAUUUCCAUUCAUCCAUGUUAAUUUGAUUCUAGAUUGCAAUGAUUGGCUCCGAUUGACUCUGCACAGGCCCUCAAGGAAAGGACGCGCGGCGGUUUUUUCGCAGUGAAGGAGCUCAUGCUCGGAGCUUUAACCUCGGGUCGAUAAGAAUAGAAAAUGUCGCGUAAUUUACUUUUCUGCAAUACCAUCAUCGUUUUGUUCCUUUUUUUCCUUUUUUUUUUUUUUUUUGUAAAGUAAAGAAAUUUGGUACAAUUUGAGGAGGGAAAGAAAAACGUUAAGCGUGAAGGCAAUGCAAACGGUGUGAGAGAGGAGUUGGUAGAAAGCUCACCAGCGCGCUGAAAGCCAGAGUGACAGAUGAUCGCGAGCUUUCUGAUUUUCCAGCCAGGUUUGAAAACUGGAAUCGGGUCUCCAAUGGAGCUUUCGGGAAUCCUCCGCGCUACGGUGAUCGGUCAUAACGUCAGGCCGUGGUUUGGGGAGUCACCUAUACUGUACGCUGUGCAUCGACAUUUAUCCCCAUUCAAGAUCUCGAGGCAGAUUGUACAGUCGUGGGCGCGGACUUUGGGCUGUACGACUGUUCUGGUCGUUGUUACUAAUUCACGCGUCUUGUCGGAUAUGAUGGCGAGCAAUGAAUGAGGAAUAGAGCCAGAACCACAUCUGAUGCGAUUUGAACGAAGGAUACGACGAAUGCGUUGCACGGGCUCCCCCUCUUCGGCCAGUAUCGCUUGCACCGGGGAGAAGCCGAACCAAAGCACAUGCACCCCGGCCGGUGUCGUUUCCUGAAACAAAGAUUUACCUAAGCAAAGAGGAUGUGGCUUUCGUUUAUUACCAACCAAUCGGUGUGCCGCACUUGUUGACAUUCGACACGUAUAUUUAUCUUCAAAUUAUAUGGUCUAAGAAACGUGCGUAAGCAAGAUAUAACAUUCCUAUGUUGUUCGUCUUCUUUAAAUUAGUAACAAGUAUAACCAUUAAGUUGCUUGCACCAGAUAUAAAGCUGUCCGUUGCCGUGCGUGCUUUGAAAGAGCCACUCCAGCCUAAACCAAUACACAUUCUGGCGUGUUGCGCCUGUUUGCCGCCGGUUGACACGUCCGUCGUAUGUCAAAGUACUUUCAACCAUUGGGGGAAAUAAAAUAAAUUCGAUGGAACAAAUUUGAGGCUCGGAAGUCUGCAACGAGCCGAAAUUUUGAUUUUUUAUUUUUAUUAUUUUUUUUUUAUUGGCAGGUCCCGAUUUUGUACAGCACAAUAAAGAAAUGUCAAACUUUUUGUCGUCCUUCCUAGAAUCGCAGGACGUGAUCAGUUUCAGCGUAGUUCAUAUCGUCUCGGGAUUGGUUAACCGUACCUAACCGUAAAUGCAGAUAUAGUGCAAGUACUAGCAAACUACAAACUACUGGCACUUUUAAUUUUGGGAUUGGUUCCGGAAAUUUCAUAUAUAAGCUCAGGGGCUGGAAUCUCAUUGACUGCGCUCAGUUAAUACCAGAAAGAUACGCCCGGCAUUUUUUGCCCUGUUGGUGACUCGACAGUAAAUGUGCUAAAACUACACAAAACUGCUAGGUUUCUUUUUUAUGUUUAUUUUUUUUUUUUUGCGCUUUUUGUAGCUAUUCAGGAUUUCAUCAUUUUCUGUGUACUGAUGCGUCUACGUAUCCGCGUGCUCGAACUUCUUCGGUCGGUUAGUUGUUUGCUAGUGCGUCAAUUUGUGGAUAGAUAUGUGUGCUUGUGUGCGCGAGAAAGUGCGUAAUUAAGCAGUUGUCGGCAUUCCUUCGAUUAGUUUAUUUGUACCCAAAGUGGAGCGGCUCGACCGAAGAUCUCAAAUCGCUGCCUCGAUCAACCCCUUUCGCAUCAGAAUCCAGGACAGAUACAUAGAAUUGUUCGCGUUUGAAUUCGACACAUCGUGCUCGAAUCCGAGCGUAUACGAUGCCUAUCAAACUAAUUAGGGUAGGAUCUACGCCAACCGUCGCACGCUGAUUAAUGAUCAUCGCGUGACGCCGACCAUUAGUUAGCGUCGCGCGAUUAAAACUGAACAAAGAACAGUCUUUUAAUACACUCGUCGCGAAGAAAACAAAACAAAAGACACGAAUUUUGUUCGAAUUGUCGCCGUUACUGUUCCUGCGAAACGCGCACAACUUCUCGAGUAGAACCCGACCUUCUUCCCUCGAGGAUUGGGACGUCCCCUUAAGAAGUAUUGCGUCCAGGGGGCUGAGCGUGUCUCUCGAUAUCAUGUCCAUUUAGCGGUAGGAAAUCAUGGGAUAUCUGCCGAGUACGGGUGAUGCAUUCGUACAUUUAUAUAUAUAUUUUGUAUUCUUAUCCCAGUGGUUUCAGCUGGUCGGCGUGUUACGUCGCUCUGCUGAGCAUACCAGUCGAACUUACUUUAACGUAAACCAUGUAAUAUAAAUACAUAUUGCAAAAAAAGAAGAGAAAAAAAAAACGCCAGAGACCGGACUGAAAUAACCACGUUUCCAAAGAUGAGCAGAAUCUACUCGCGAAUGUUUGUCCCCUUCGACCCGUCCCAGCCGACGAACUUAUUAUAAAUUUUGCUGACGCACUUACAACUAAUGCUACACACAUGGAGGGGACAAAAGCAAAAGUUGCGGCGGUUUAUUUGACGUGUAAUCUAUCGAUGACAGUGGCUCGAAGAGCCCUCGCUGCUCUACCAACAGACCGCAAUUUCGAAAAGGCGACAGAGCUGUACCAGCUGUUUCCGCACUUCCCGCUUCCUAAAAUCUCUUCCCUAAUUCCCCAAAUUUGUGCGAUGGACAAUAUCGUUGCGCGAAGAAAGGCAAGCGUGAUGAUCACUCGCGGAGGUGCGUGGGUACAGAAUCGCGUUCGAGAUUUCGGUCGCCGUCGAAACAAACGCAAGCAUUGCCAACUUUUCCAAAAUUCACAAUAACACGACGCAAAAAAAAAAGGGGGGGGGGGGGGGGGGGAGGGGAUACGUAAUGUUCUUUGGUUGAUCAGAAUGACGUAUCAGUCUUCCCGUUAAAGAUGCGUGCGUCGACAUCGCACGCUCAUCACUGAAGAAAGCCCGCACGUCUACUUUCCCGCACAACACUCGGAGACCCAAUCACAGCAACUUACGGAGGCGACUCAGCGAAUGACGAUGCCGAAACAUAUGCUGAGACCAAAAAAACUCAAUCUGAGUUGUGACAUUGAGCAAUGCAAGCGUGACGUUUUGCAUUGCUUAUUGUCACAUCUCAGACUGCGUUCUUUGGUCUAAACAUAUGUUUCGGCAUCGUCAUUCGUUGAGCUGCCUCUGUAAGUUGCGCUGAUUGGUUCUCCGAGUGUGGUGCGGGCAAGUAGACGCACGGGAUUUUUUUUAGUGUAAUACAGUGAGAAGUUUCCCCUUUGACCGCGCCCCUUGCCCAAACCGUCAUGUAAAAAAAAAUAAAUUAAAAAAACGCACGUUCGACGUUAGUCACCCAGUGCACUGCAUCUCCGACGGUAAAAAGAAAAAUGCGAUUCCCCGUGAGUUGCGCCACACAUGCACACAGAGAGAAAGAGGGAGGCUUUUGUUCUCCGCGUGAUGCGGUGCGCACCGGCUCUUUUUCGCGCUCGCCGCCGGCAAAGAAAAGGCCAUUCUGCGGUCUCCGCGACCGCGGAUGUUCCCUCGAGGCGUUGUUGCUCCCGACUUGGGGAACAGGGCUCCUCGAGAAUCACAGGGUAUUUACACACGGCACAAACAGGUCGCGAAACGUACUUUCGCGAACGAGAAGCAAUGGCGGAUUCAGACAGAAAGAGCGAGAAAGACAGAGAGAGAUGCGACUUUUUUUUUUUUCAUAUAAAUUGUUUACGACCGAAACUCCACAGAUAAUUUUUUGUUUCCCUCAAUUUCUCAAGUUCUUCCUGCGUGCAUGUGCUCUUAUUGCACGAAUAUUAAGUGAGGAUCGACUGAAAUACGAUGUAUUAAACCGCUGUAGCGAGUGGCCGAAUGUUUCUAUUUUUAUUAUUAUUAUCAUAAUUAUUAUUAUUAUUAGUUGUCAGUUCAUAGUCGGGCCGAACGCUCGUGUACAUUGUUUGGUGCGUGUGUUUUACGUUGAUGCGUUCCGUUUCGCGAUCGGUAAUCUAUAGAGGCGCUCAUCCUCUCUUUUUCUUUUUUUUUUUUUCCCGAUUUAUGAUGUCCCACGAAGAUAGUGAUAUAACGGAUGCUGUUUUCCAGAAUGUUGGGGGUCAAACGCAUUAUAGGAUGCACUUUUCAGUUUUUGUAGACUAACAACUUUUUUUUUUAUAUAUAUACUCUGUGGGACAAGCUACUUAAUGAAUUUGGUACGUGGUUAACAAUGUGUAACGGUGAAAGUGUACGCGUCUGGAACGUCGUCAAUCUGUGCAUUUUCUCCUCCUUUGGUUACAACUUGCCGUGUCAACAAAGAUGGUUCGUGGUGUGUACAUUGACUGCCUUUAUGUUAUCAGUGCAAUUCUGCGUGUGUGUAUAUGAGGCUGGGCAUCAUUCCUUACCCAAGUGUUGACCGGAUGUAACACGUUUGCGCGUUUGUUUCGAUACCUUGCAAUGUAUUCGUGCGGUGCUAGCUUUGUUUGAAGAGGUACAAAAGCAAACAAAAAUUUGUUUUUUUUUUGUUUGUUUUAUCAAAUGAGGGCUUUAGAAUUCUAUGGCUCUAAUAACACACAGACAUAGACACACAAAUCAAGUAUCUUAAUCUUAUGGAUGAAGUUGGGAGACACAGUGAGCAUCGAAAGGACGCGUAUGUUUACCUUUUUGUCAGUAUGUUAAUUAAUUAACUGGAGUUACUGAAUUUAACUAAACUUAGCGGCCGUGUUACUUUUUUUCUCUUUUUUUUUGCGGCACACUUUUAUAAUAUCCUGCUCAUCUCACGGACGGAAGUCAACCCGGUGUUAAAACUCUCCUGGCCGUAGUUUUAUCAUUUGUGGUGCUAAACAAAAUCUGCGUACGCUUUCUGGGUAUUGAGUAUGUCUCGUGAAGCGCGCACGACGAUUCCCAGAACGGAAAAAAAAAAUAAUACCAAUCACGGGUUUGGCUAGAGUUCUGUAAAUCUCCAAGAAACAUAUUAGAUUGAGACAAUUCUAUGAUUGGCAUUUCCAGUUUUCGCGGGAACGUUUAAUAUGUUAGCGACCUAGUAUUUCACUACUGGUUUGUGUCAGAUCUGUGAUUGGGAGCUCACUUCACCGUGGACGUCGUCGUCACGCCCGUUCUGAGUUUUAAACAAAUUGUACAAACCAUCUUUGGCACAAAACGUUGGGAAUAUAGGAGGCACGGUUCAGUUACCUUAAAGCCCCUUAUACGAAACUAACUGCAUCCGCGAUCCGUGUAAGUGGCACGUGAAAUUUGCCUUCGUUGUGUGACGAAGAGCGGAUUGCUUCCUGACCACGUUAUCUUACCAUAGAAUUAAGCGAACUUCUAGCUUUUUCUUAUAUAUAAUUUAUUGUCCUUGAUGGCUAUAUCAUACUACGAAGGCGAGUGGGCGCUACUUUUUUUUUUUUUUUUUUACUUCUUGUCGUUUAAACGGGACGGGGCAAGGGGGCGAAGGAAAACGUAGCCAACAAUCGAAUCCCGCGAAUUACACAACCCCUUCACUUUCACCUGAUCAAGCCGAGCCGAAAUCGGCCGAGAGCGCGCAGAUUUGGCGUGUAUUCUUCAUAGAAUUUCUUUCAACCGAGCCCUUCAUGUAACGGAAUAUUUUUGCAUCCGCUUUAGCGUGACCACCGCACGACGCGAAGAAAACAAGAACAGCUGGAUGCUUCGUGGGAAGCUAGGCCUACAUGACCCAUUUGGGCGCCCGUCCGGGGCCCCACCUCAUGUGUGUGUGUAUGUAUGCGCGCGUGUGUGUGUGUGUGUGUUUCUUGAAAAUUGUUUUCUCCGCGCGCAAAAUGUACAAAGUAUCACAUCUACGGAGGCGUGUAUUGAGCUCACCGGGUUGAAUGCAACCCGGUAAAGGAGCGAUCGCAUUCAAAUUGCCAUAUCUUCGCAGAAAGUGCAAUUUCAGUGACACAAGAGAGAGAGAGAGUCUAAAGAACCCAGUGUUUCAGUUGAUGUUGACCUAUGCUACGUUCUAGUCAUUUAAAGAAAGGCCCAUCGACGUUAUUGCACGCCAAAGAUAUGAUGUGUUAAAGAAAGGCACUGACUCCGCUCGCAAAGUGCGGGACGUCGGUGUACCAGAGUUCGACGAUGCAUUCGCCGUAGUGUCAUCCUUGUGCGACGACCCCGUGUCUCUUUUGCAUGCAGUCCACACUUCAUAGUCUACGUCCUGCAGCUCGUUGGUCGCCGCAGCUCCGAGCUUCUUUCGAGAGUCCCGUAGAGAUGUGAGCAGCGCGCUCACGUUGUUCCGCACUGCACCCUAGUAUCGAUUUCUCUCGUAUAUCUGUGCCAUCGCAACUGUCAUGGUCAAGACGCUCGAGUGAACGAAAUGCCACUAGCUUUUAUUUUUUAUUGUAUUUUUUUCUUCGGUGUGUAAGGAGUCGGAGUACGGAGGUCAUAAGUAGUGCGCAUCCGUAGAGAUAAAACUGCUGUUGAAAUGAAA